GAUGGUUAGGUGGCAUUGGAGCUGCGGCAGCUGGGCCAGGCGGUGCUACCCAUGAUGAUGGCUAGCUUCCUGAUCUUCUCCAAGAUACUAAUCUCCAUGCUAUUCCUCGGCCGGCUGGGCGAUGCGGAGCUCGCCGGCGGCUCCCAGGCCAUCGGCUUCGCCAACAUCAGCGGCUACAACGUCCUCAUGGGGCUGGCGUUGGGCAUGGAGCCCAUCUGCGGCCAGGCCUUCGGCGCCCGCCAAUGGGCCGUGCUCACCCAGACACUCCACAAGACCAUCCUGCUGCUGCUCAUCGUCACCGUUCCCGUCGCCAUCAUCUGGCUCAACGUCCAACCAAUCCUACUAAAACUGGGCCAAGACGCCGUCAUCACAUCCAUUACCAAGGACUACCUCCUCUGGUCCCUCCCAGACCUCGUAGCACAAGCUCUCCUUCAACCUCUGAACAUCUUCUUGAGAACGCAGAAUCACAUAAACGCCCUCACCAUUGCUACUGCCUUCGCCGCCCUCCUUCACAUCCCUGCUACCUAUUUCUUCACCUUCUACUUAGGCUGGGGAGUCAAGGGGGUGGCGAUCGCUUCAGUUUGCAACACAAUCAACAACAAUUUGGCCAUCAUGGCUUUUCUCUUCAUCUCCGAUAACGUCCCCAAAAUCUGGACCGGGCUGUCCACAGAUUGCCUGCGCGGAUGGGGGCGGCUGCUGAAGCUGGGGCUGCCGAACGCCGUCGCCGCCUGCCUGCAGUGGGGGUGCUACCAGGUGCUGCUGCUGCUAUGCGGGCUACUGCCGGAUCCCAAGUCCAGCGUGGCCGCCAUGGGGAUACUCACGCAGACUACCGGAGUCAUGUACUUGUUUCCGGCGUCUCUCGGCAUGGUCCUGGCGACGAGGGUAGGGAACGAGCUGGGCGCGCGGCGGCCUGCAGCGGCACGAAGGACCGCCGCCGUGGGCCUGGCAUUGGCGGCUACGGGCGGAUUGCUGGCUUUCGCGUUCGCGGCUGGGAUGCGGCGCUCGUGGGGGCGGAUGUUCACCGACGACCCGGUCACGCUAGCGCUGACGGCCACCGCGCUGCCCAUCGUCGGGCUGUGCGAGCUAGGGAACAGCCCGCAGACGGCGGGGUGCGGAGUGCUACGCGGGAGUGCACGGCCAGCAACGGGUGCCCAAAUUAACUUGGGCGCAUUCUAUCUUGUGGGGAUGCCCGUUGCUGUGAUCGCCGGGUUCCCGCUGGGCCUCGGAUUACGGGGUCUGUGGUUUGGCAUCGUCGCGGCACAGGCUUCGUGCGUCUGCCUCGUGCUAUGGGCUAUUGUGCGCACUGACUGGGAGAAGGAAGCGACAAAGGCAGAGGUGUUGGCGGCGGAAGGCACAAUCGACGGCGGCGGCGGACAGCAGAGUGGGUUGACGGAGCCACUUGUUACUUGAAAGAGAGGGAGAUGAAACGUCAUCGGAUCGGACGAUUUAACUAAAUAAUUCUCUUUUAUUCUCCAACAAAUUUAACGGCAGAUUUUGAACGUUAAAUUUGAUGGCUGCCGGUUGAAAGGUUAUCUGAAUAAUAAUU